GUCAGUUGCGGUUCCCGUGGCGGACUGGUGGAGACUGGAGGUAAACGCGCGGCGACGGCGGCAGCAGGUUGACGAACGUUUUACAAUCGGUUCGUCGGUCUGGUUUUGUAGUUUUCGUUGUUCGGUUUGACGUACCUUUAAAACGCGUAUUUGUAUAACGUGAGCAGUCGGUGCGGAAAUGCGCGGCCAUCGCUGAAUCCGUUCAUUCCUCACCGUUUUCCGAUUUCGGUGAUCGUCCGUCGAAUAAAGGUUCUCCGUGACACACCGGGCACCGUUGACGGCGUCGUCCUCAGGCCACUGAGAAUUCUUCUUAUCCUCCUCCAUGGAAGCAGCUCAAUCGCAGCGGUCGGCCAACGACCGCAUUUGAAUCGAAACACAGACCCGAGUGAGACUGGAGAAAUCCGCACGGUAAAGGCAAUACGAUACUAUGGCUAGCGGUGAAUUAGAAGUAUUACGAUGCGAGUCCAGUCUAUGGUCUGGACACUGUUGUGCUCGAUGCCGGGCCGAACUUGGCCGGAUAAUCAAUAGAGGGGCCAAUUGUCGUGCUUGCCGUGAACGAAUAUGUAUGUCUUGCAGGGAAUAUUCAACUGCCACACAUGCCCCUGAAUGGCUGUGCAUUCGGUGUCACAAAGAAAAAAUCGAAUCGUUGGAGCCGGCGAAAGAAUGGAUCGUUGAUUUUUUGUCGCCAGAAACCAUGAAAUUUCCGAAAAACGAAACUAAACUGGGCAGGUCCCUGACGUUCAAAGACUCGUCUCCGUGGUCGGCCGUCAGAGGGUCGCCCGAACUGCGAGCUUACAGCAGCAUGCCGCGGGGUAGCGUACCAUGGCCGCAGCGGAACGGUGCAGGCGGUGGUGGUGGCGGAGCGGCCACGCGCGUAGGACGGCCCGCGCCGGCCGCCGUCGGACAGACGGGGCCGGCCGUGGACGUCAACACCGUCCACCUGGUGGACACCUGUGGCCACGUCAUCGACAUGCAGACGGUCGUCGAGACGACGCCAGGCACGGCCACCGCCGACGUAUCAUCGCUGAUGCAGACGUCGGGCGACGUCCACCAUCCCGGCGGCGACAACGAAUCCGAGGACGAUCGCCAGAAGCAAGUGGCCACCGCCCUGACCGGAUGUCUGUCCAGAGUACAAGAAGAUCUCAAACACAUACCGCCCGGAGUGACGCCACCGCGAAGUCGGCGUUUUCUCCGCCGGGACCCUUUCCUGCACGAAGACAUUCUCGGUGGAAGUCGGAGCAAAGAGGACUAUCGACUAGUCUUCCUGAACGGGGCUGAUUGGUCUUCGGACGAUGGCGGCUGUGGCCGGCAAACGUCGUCCAGCCUGUCGGCCGAUGACGAUUGUGACUGGGACUAUUUCAUGGCCGGCCUGGACGACGACAACGACCAGACGCGACCGUCGGAACAAACGCAGCAACGACAGUCGGCAGGUGGCGCAGGUACCAGUAACGGCGACCAGUUAACCGGCUGUAGUGGCGGCGGCAGCGGUGGUGGCAGUAAACCGAGCGAGACCGACGCGCGCGCAACAACGACGACCACGUUCGUUCCGGUCGUGUUGCCGUUCCCCGUGUUCGUGCCAGUGCCGAUCGUGAUACCGCCGGAGCGCGCGCAGUACACGCUAACCACCGCGUUCGCCAACGUUUUAACCGAAUAUUUCCGCGAACGUGAUGCCGUCAGUGGUGCAGAGUUGAGAAAUGUGAACGAAAAAAGGGGCGCCGGUGGUGUCGUCGCCGCGGAUAUGCCGGAACCCCCCGCGGCCGCCGUCGACGAAGGCGGUGGUGCCGUGCUCACCAUGUACGCGGCCCGUGCGUCGGCCCUCGACGCAAAGUCGUCAUCGUCACCGGGUGCAUCGUGCGGAGAUGACGACCGCGACGGCGAGGUAGGAUAUUAUUCGUCGUCUUCGUCGCCAUCUCCGUCGCCGUCCGACGACUCGGACGAUUCGGACGCGCAGAACGUCGCCAUGUCGUACGACGUCAACGACAGUCCGGACGAUGACGACGACGAAGACGAAGACGACGGGUGCAACGUAAAGUUGUCCAGCAUUUUGGAUUCGGCGGCCGCCGCGGCGGUUAAGUCUGCCGCCGGAAACAGCAGCGCCUCCGACGAGUUUUCCGGCACAGAGUCCAUGGAACAGAUAUCCGUCGACGAAUCUUCCGCAGCCGCCGGCCUGAGUGGCAAGUUUACUAGCCUGAUAAUGAUAACACAAGACGACAAACCGGCUGUGAACGUGGUGACCAAUGAUACCACAAAAAUAAUGCCCACGGUAGUCCAAGAUGAAGGGUUCAAACUCACACUGGACACGUCCGAGCCGGCUGAUGAAAGUGAAGUGAAGGUCGUGACUGGCGGUGACACAUUGUCGGCUGUCAUCACAUUGGAAGAAGGUUUGGCCGAUGAUGAUUCUUGGGUGGAAGACUUGGAUAGGGACGAUUUCAAAAUUGAAUCUUCCGAAGGCGAAGAAAUGUCAUUUGAGGAAGAACCUGAGUUCAGGAGAUCGGCAUUGGACUUUACGUUGCACACCAUCGUGGAGGAGAGCUGCGAAGAAAGUGAAGUGGAGUCUGACCGGAACAACCAAACGGAAUUGGAAAAGUAUUUUUUCUUCGGUCUCUGCGAUAAAGAUCAAGAUAAUGGUAGAAAUACUGAUGGAUUUUCUGAAACAAGUUCUAUCAUAAGCGAAGGGCUUGAGUCUUUGGACAGCAUCGAGCCACAACCAGUAGCAUCGGAAAUGGCUGGAUCUAGACUGGAACGAUAUUUUUUAAGCGAGUUUAUGGGCUUCGAUCGACCAGACUCGGACGGUAGUGUUGGUAGUGACAGCCCAGAACACAGCCCCGAGCAACGGAGAAAGAGAUUAGUCAGAGCUAGAGGAACUGGACGUCAACAUUCGUCACUAGAUAAUCUUACAGAAUCUGAACAACAGGUAGAGAUACAAUUGGAUUACGAAGACUCGUCUACAAGUUCAGAUUCAAACGACGAGUCUAUAUCGUUUGAAAAAAGUGACGGUCAAUUUGAUACUGUUAAACGAGGCAAGAAGAAGAAGAGAUCGGUUGUAACUGCACCUCCUUUGGAAGCAUUGGAAAUUGAAGAAACCGUAGAAAAUAUCAAUGUAGGAGAUGACGUGCUAGAUAAAAACACCGAAAAUGCUGAAGUGCCAGAAGAAAAAGUCACGGUUCCGAUGACGGAAAACGAUCAAAAACCAAGUGGUACAGAGGGCCUGACCAGAACCGACAGCUUUAAUAAUUGGAGUUCGGACGAAGAAACAAAUCUAAUGAUGUCUAAGAUGAGAGCGUUUUUCAAAACAAUGUUGGCAAACCAACCCAAACCGGAAGUGCCUGGAGAAAAGAGCAAGCCACCCCAAUUAGUAAAAUUUGAGUCCGAAUUGACCAGAUUAAUGAAAACCGUGCCGGGAAUUAGAGACGAGCAGGUGAAAGAAAUCGUCGAAUAUUUAAGUAGCGAAGACACGUGGAGCGAUUCAUACGAUUCGUCGGACUACACGAGUUCUGAUUUGGAGACCGGGUCAAGGCUACAGGACGAAAACCGGGACACUGCGUUCGUCUACCAGAAACUCAUGGCUUCGUUGCGGAAGAUCGAAGUUCCCAGUUCCGAUUCGUCGGCGUCCAGGAACUCGCCACCACUUGUAACCAAAGUCAUGCAACACAUCGGAAGCCGGCUUGUAGCGCUGAUGCACGCGGUUUCCGAAAAUCCCGGUACGCCACGGGCGUCAAGAUAUCACAGAAGAUCUCAUCACCACCACAAAACGUCGAUCAUUUCUACUACCACGGAGGAAGAGGACGAGGGCGAAGACGAACAGUUUGAUAGCCCGGGUCUGCCCAGGUCCAAGUCACACGACCCGUUGUUAGAAGAGGCUCGGCAAGAGGCCAGCGACAAUGAAAGGUUCAGUUGGCGGGGCAGUUUCGAAUCGACGCUUAUGAUGUCGGACUCGCGAACCCGGUUGACGUCUAGUGGCGAGAGUUGCGUGACGCUCGCGGCUAAGAGACGGUCGGCCGGUGACCUGUUGAUAAAGAGUGCUAACAGUAGCCGGGAACAGUUGGACCGUGUGCGAUCGUGUGGCAGCAUCGGUGGCAGUGUCGAGGAUCGAAUCUGGAGAAACGGGCGGAGACGGGGCAGCGUACCCGAUAGCGGUGACUCGGGUGGUGACAGCGACGACGGCGUGGCGGCCACCGGCUCCAAGUCGACCACGUUGCCCAGGAGUCUGCAGCAGCAAGCCAUCGCAUCGUCAUCGAAUACAAACUCGCUACCUCGGUUGCCUACCACCGCCGCAGCCGCACCAGCGCCAUCCCCGAGUCCGCUGACUGGUAUAUACAAGGCACACAGCGUACACCAGUUCAACGUAAAGUCAGCUAGGUACAGGCCACCAGGAUACAAAAAUGUGGCUUCACCGCCACGUAGGGAAUAUAACCGCAGGAGGAUCGCGCAGCAUACAGGACUACAGCAAUCUUCGUCGUCGUCUCCAUCCCCGUCAUCGUCGUCAACGGCCAACUACAAUUUCCAAUCGCCGCCGACCGGUGCUACGGGUAACGACAGCGACUGCAGGACGACGAUAGGCAUUAGCGGUUCGGAACCUUUGGCUAGUUCAUCUUUUUGCACGAAACCCGAAGACGAGAUGGAAAAAUUGUCGCACAGAAGCAGCUCUUCGCUGGGCGUGGCUAGAAGCGAUUCCAUGGCGUCCGUGUACUCUGGCGCCGGAGAGGGCAGGUACGGCAUGGUGCCUAUCAGAGGUGAGGUGGAGUUUAGUCUUCAGUACAACUAUAAAGCGGCACAGUUCGAGAUCAACAUCAAACAUUGUCGUGACCUGGCAGCUGCCGAUCCCAAACGAAACAGAUCCGAUCCCUACGUAAAAGUGUACCUAUUGCCCGACAAAUCCAAGGCCGGCAAACGAAAGACCCGAGUGAAGAAGCACACGAUGAACCCGAUAUUUGACGAAGUGCUCAAGUACAGUCUACCUUUGGAAGAGCUCAACAGCAGAACACUGUGGUUAAGCGUGUGGCACUCGGACAUGUUCGGACGUAACAACUUCUUAGGCGAGGUCCAACUUCCUCUGGAGAACAUGAUAUUCGACGAUCCGUCACCAAAACUCUACCCACUUCAGGAACGAACAGAACCUUUAGAUGAUAUUAUGUGUGUCAGUAACAAAGGCGAAAUUAUCGUCGGCCUGAAGUGUGUGCCACCCGACCCGAACUCAAAAAAACGUACUAAGGGCACAUUCCUUCUGCUAGUGAAAGACGCAAAGAACCUUCAAGCGAUCAAGUCUAACGGCUCAUCCGAUCCGUUUUGCAAAAGUUAUUUACUACCCGACAAGGGUCGUAGUUCCAAGCAGAAGACCAAUGUAGCCCGAAAGACGUGCAAUCCGAACUGGAACCAAACCCUUACGUACCGAGACGUAUCUCCAGAUGAAUUGGCGGAGCGGAGUCUGGAACUUACCGUUUGGGACCACGACCGGCUGGGCAGCAAUGAGUUCUUGGGAGGCGUCCGCUUAUCGUUAGGUUCAGGUAUGUGUGACGGCAAACCAGUCGACUGGAUGGAUUCCAACGAAAAAGAAAUUGCCUUGUGGCAGAGGAUGUUGGAUAGACCAAACUUUUGGGUCGAAGGUUGCCUGACGUUGCGACCGUCGUUGGAGUUAGCGAGCAAAAAUUAAAACUAAUAUCCGUUUAUUUUUUUACACACAAAAAUCAAUUAUUUUAUUCUUCGGACGUAUAUUUAUGUCUUCGUAUAUUUUUUUUUUUUAUUAUUAUUAUUCCGCGUCGUCGUGAUGUGUGUAAGUACAUUAUAUAUCAGUAUCGUCUUUAAUAAUAUUUCAUGAUUAUCAUUAUUAUGAUAUAGUAUUGUGUAUAGGUACCUACUCACCGAUGGCAACAUUGGUCUUUGAUUUCAUUUUAAUUAUUUCUAUUUUUUAUUUUUUAUGUUUUGUUGUUUUUAUAUAAACUCUAAGGAUAUCUGUGAUCUGAGAAUAUUUCGAUCGUGUAACAAACGAAGAAUUUUAUAAUAAUUAUAAUAUGUAUAUCGGUCUUCCAUUCGAAUUUUGUACGCAUCAUAUAUUAAUAUUACUAUUACUAUUAUUAUUAUUAUUAUUAUUAUAUAAUACAUAUUAUGUAGUUUUAAUAUUUACGUGUUUGUACCUACACGGAUAGUAUUUGUGCGUUUUAUGUGCAUCUCGUGUUAUUUAUUUUUUGAUAAAUGUGCAGUAUUUUUUUUUAUUUUAUUAUACGUAUUACUAUUAUUAUUAUUAUUAUCAUAACUUAUAGGCAUAUAUAUGAGUAUUAAGUGCAUUAUAAUAUUUUAUGUAAUAUACGAUUUGUUGGAUCGUAGAGCAAAAUAGAAAAUGGGUUAGGGAGAGUACUCCUAAAAAUAACACGUAUCUCGUCCAUUUGGAAUGACGGACAUUCGUGUAACUUUGCGUAUAAGUAGCCAAAACAGUAUUAUGUUUCUAUCGGAAAACAUAUUUUAAUGAACAUGAAAUAUGUGCUGUAAACAUUUCCGAUAAAUAUAAUAUAAUAUAUUGUGUAGUGUAAUAUAUAUUAUGUACCUAUUAUACGAUGUGUGCUGCAAAGUUCAUUAUUUUUUGUAUA